GAGAGUGGAUGCUACAAAUUCAAGCAAUGUAUAGGAUGUGCUAGUUUCACCGCCAGGCGUGAGCGAGCUAUUUUUAGAAACCUUUUCUUGCCGAGCAGGAGUGGGAGAGCUGUUAAGUGGUAGAGAGAUACAGAAAUAUAGUGACAGAAAGAGAAAGCAAGCAAAAAGACUGAAAAAUACAAAGCCACAAGCCCUGACUCCAUCUCAGGAACACAGUAACAUUCUCUAGCAGCCUCCAUAUCCUUCCUCUGUGAGAGCCACCCACCAGCUGUACUGAAUGCGAAUACUUCUUUGAUAAGGAAGGAAAACUCAGACAGGAAACAUGGAUUUCGUUAUGAAACAAGCUUUAGGGGGGGCAACAAAGGAUAUGGGAAAGAUGUUGGGAGGCGAAGAGGAAAAAGAUCCAGAUGCCCAGAAGAAGGAAGAAGAGAGACAAGAAGCUCUACGCCAACAAGAGGAUGAAAGGAAGGCAAAGCAUGCCCGAAUGGAAGCAGAAAGGGAGAAAGUCCGGCAACAAAUAAGAGAUAAGUAUGGAUUAAAAAAGAAGGAAGAGAAAGAAGCUGAAGAGAAAGCAGCCAUGGAGCAACCUUGUGAGGGCAGUCUGACCCGCCCAAAGAAAGCCAUCCCUGCAGGAUGCGGGGAUGAUGAUGAGGAGGAAGAAGAGAGCAUUUUGGACACUGUACUCAAGUACCUUCCAGGUCCUCUUCAGGACAUGUUCAAAAAGUAACUAUAGCCAGUCAAGCGGACCUCUUCCUUAGCCAAACUUAUUUUCAGCUACAAAAAAGGGACCAGCAAUGAAAUCCUUAAUGACAAGAGAAACAAAUAAGCACACAAACGGAUAACACAAGAUUAAACAAGCAUUUGUCCAGCCACAAGAUCUGUAACAAAAAAAAAAAGAAUACAUGCAAAUUUGCAACCACAAACUUACAUAUCUGUGAACGCAAGGACACAAAACCCUUCCUCUUCUCUUUUACGAUUUUGGACAUUGGUCUUUAUGCCAUACAUCAUAUCAAAUGGACAAAGCUCACUGCUGCUCAGAAAUGCUGGUCUAAACAGUGACAGAUUUGACAACUUCAGCCAGUUCUGGAGCAGUAAUGAAAAUGUGCUCACUCUUGAGCAGAUCUUCUAGCAGAAUAACACAUAAUGCAUAAGACCCUAUACGGUUCUGCUAGAUGAAAAACCUGCAAGGUUCCAACUCGCCAUUGCUCAUCUGUAAUUUUAACCCUCAUAAUAAUCCUUGGAGUGUUAUCAUUUGUAAAUAUUUAGCUCCUUUCCCAUAAAGGUGCUAGAAUGCAGAGUUACAAAGCUCAUAUGCAGAUUUAACAUCUAUUUUGUGUAAAUUUUGUCACACACUAUGUGACAUCUGGGAGCUUGGAAUAUGUAAUGAGAUGCAUGUGAAGAAACCCUGGUUUAUUUCCAUCUGUUCUGUACAUUGUACAUUGUGUUUUUCCUGCUUUUUACCACCCCUUAUUUUUUCAUUGCUUAUGGGACCUGCAGUAGAUAACAUCCGGGCUUUGUAUGUUCUUAAAUAUUAGCUGUUUUUCUUUCUAGGAACAGAGAGACAAACAUCUUCUAGUUUUAGAUGGGUCCCAAUACAAGCUGCAGGUCUCUUAGCAAUGUUCUUUAAGGGGAAGUAUGACAAAGUAGUCUAGGGUGGUAGACUAGACCUUCUCCAUCUAUGGGCUCUGACUUGGACCAAGAGACUUCUUGUAAGGAUUUCUAUGACUCUAGUAAUGCUGAUUGCAUGCUUAGGAAAUUACAAGUGUUUGAUGCCUUUUUUUUUAAAUUGAAAGCACUGUUUGUCUUAGUCCUGUGCCUAUCACCAUAGUUACUGUUUACAAUCAUAAGACAAUGACCAGAUUAGAACUGGUGUGUAUAUAUUUAUAUAUAUAUAGGCAUGUAUGCAUCUGUUUUCAGCCAAUCUUUCUUUAAUUUAUGAUAGUUUUUUAUCAAACCAAAGUGAUUUAUCUCUUUAUAUGUUUAUCAAUGUCUGUUUUUAAGUCUACCGUCUUCAGUAGUUAACCAUUUUGUCUUCCUGGGACAAAGUGAUUUUACAAGGACCAAACUGCAGACCCUGAUAAAGAAAUAGCUGAUAUUUGGAUUCUGUACUUUUAUGUGGCCCAAUGGGAAAAUAUACUGCCUUUUACAUUUUUAUUUUUUUAUUUUAAGCAACAACCCUAUCCAGCAGAAUAGUUUGCCUCUACAGCCAGUGUAUUAUGCAAUACAUUGGCAGUUGUAAAGAGCUAGCUUCAAUUGAGGGACCAGUGUACAGCUUAGUUUUUUAGAGCCUUCAAGGGCAGUACAGAUAUAGUAAGAUUGCAGUAGCUCGUCAUGUGACUGCUGUUUGUCAAAAUCUAAAAUAAUCAAAUAAUAACUAGGGUAUUUAUUUAUUCUUAAUUAUGUAAAGUAAUUUUGUAUUUUUUAGAAACAAUGGCUAGAAUAGCAAAUUAUGCCAAGAAACUGCCAGUUGAAUACUAUAACAUUCCAGAGAUUGGACCUCAAUUGACCUGCCGAUUCUUAUGUUGGCGUUCCAACGCGUGAAGUUGUGUUAGGAGAUCAUUCAGGGUUUUACCGCGACGUUGUUUUGCCGCGUGCCCGUGCUUGAUCAGAAUGCCUCUGAUGAAGGACCUCAAUUGACCUGAAGACAAGGAUCCAUACAUUCAUUCUCCCAUGACCAAGUUCUAGAUAAGUAGGUGCUGCUCUGUAAAGUGUCAGUUUGAUAGUGUUGCGGGACCACAAUACAUGUAUUACCAAUAAAAUGUAAUACACAUAUAUAUGGAUAUAUAUCUGUAUAUAGAUAUAUACUGUAUAUAUCUAUCUAUCUAUCUAUCUAUAUAUCUAUAUAUAGAUAUACUGUAUAUCUAUGUAUAUAUUUCAAUAUUUGAGGGUGUAGCCAAAACGUUAGAUUGUAAGAGAAAACGUGAGGUCCUGAACCAAGAGGUUUGGGGUUUCUCUUUUAACGCAAACACUACAGGCUGACGUAAUUGUUUUGAAAAAUCUAAUAUUACUGCCUCACCACUGUAUGUGUAUUGCAGUUAGAAAAUAUCAUCAAAACUACUAUAAAUUAUUACAGAUUAUAUUCUUUACACAUUGCUAUGUACAUAAUUGAAUGUGUAUAAUUACUAUAUUAUCUUAACAUUGCAUUGGUAAAAUACUGAAUUUUCACUGACAGCGUAAAUAAAAUAAAAAAAAGGCAAGGGCUGUUAAACUAUAUACUUAAAUGGACACUAUUUUAAAUGACUACUAUAUUAUAAAAGUAUGAGUAUAUAUAUAUAUAUAUAUAUAUAUAGUGUUUUUUUAGAAGUGAUAACAAUAUUAAUUAUAAGCUGGGAUACUGUGAGUGGUCCUUGCGUACAUUUAUGUACAGUUCUGUGUGUUUAUAUAUAUAUCUGUAUGUCCAGUCUGUAUGUACAUGAAGAUGUUCUAUGUUGCCGCUUAUGUUUCCUGUGUGUUUUGACUAUCAUAUCCUAUGACUUUCAGUAAAGAGUAUAUGUUUCAUACAUGCAUGCUUCUGUUUCACAGUGAUACCAAGCUGCCCAUGUCACAUGGCUGGGAGUCAGCCAGCAGUGACCAGUCGCUGAGGCCCCAGGGCUUCUGUAGGAGAUAAAGCCAUAGCCAUUACUUGCUGUCCUGUAAAGUUUGUGUUGUAUUCCGUUCAUUUUGUUAUGCACACAAGUAUAUAUGAUUCGACAACAACUCUGCGCUGGAGGUUCUGUUGGGGACAAAUCUGAAAGCAAUCAACACUGCCCAAGAUCUUUGAGUUGUGAAUUCGAUAUUACAAUUUUAUGUCACAAGAGAUAUGACAUCUUUUUUACUAUGCAUAAACAUAGUAAUGAAAAAAAAUGAGCAAAUUCAUUUGUUUCUGUUUCUGUUGUUUGUAUCAUGUAUGCACUGUUAUUCCAGUAUGAUAAAAGAAAAACAUCAAUCUUGCA